AUGCGAGGAGGCGGUGGGCGGCCGGCCUCAGAGUGCGCCGACAGCGACAAGCGGUGUGCGGAGUGGGCAGGCGUGGGCGAGUGCGACAAGAACCCGGGCUUUAUGCGCUCGCAGUGCCAGCAUUCGUGUGGCUCGUGCGGCUGGGUCAACCCGCACUGCGCCGGCCACGUCGCCGCCGCAAAGCAGACGGGCGGCAUCGACGCGAUGUUCGAGGCGGCGGCAAAGCGGCCAGAGCUGCGCGCGACAGUGCACUCGCGGCCACCGCACGGCCCGUGGGCGUGGUGUCAGCCGGGACUGAGCGACGCGUGCUACCGCCACCCGCUCAUACGGCGCGUGCACGAGCGCGUGGUCAACGUGACGGGCGUGCCGGCGGAGAACGCCGAGUUCUACCAGAACGCCGCCGCCAACUCGCUCAUGGGCGUGCGUCUCUUCACCUUCUUCAUCUACCUGCGCGCGCCUGAGGGCGGCGGCGGCACACGCUUCCCCAAGCUGAACAUCACCAUCGAGCCCGCUCUGCUCUGGCCAAACGUCAAGAACGGCGACCUCGGCGCCUCCGACAUGCGCACAGACCACGAGGCACUGCCGCCGCUCGCGGGCCUCAAGUACGCCGCAAACUUGUGGCUGCACCAGUUCGACUUUCGCGGCCCUAACACGCACGGCUGCGACUUGCGCGAGCUCUCCGUGGCCGGGUGGCGCGUAUGA